AUGGGUGACACUAGGCCGGCGAGAAGCCCCGAACCGUCUCCCGCGCCUCCACCUCCACCACCACUAACCCCGCAGAAAGAGAGGAGUCAAAGCGGUAUCAGUGCGUAUUUGCGGACGUUCUGCCAAACCUUCAACAUUGAGCUCCCCAUCGAUGUCAUUGCAUCCCCAAGCAAGACCCCGCGUACUGUCACCUAUGGCCUUGUCAAUAAGAUCAAAUUGCUAUAUUUUCGAGAUCGAGAUGUAUUGGAUCAGACGGUUGACGAGCUACGCGCUUGCCAACCCACGAUCAGAGACACAGAUGCAGUUGACAGGCUGAAGGUACUCGACCGUAGACUUGAGCAGGCUGCGCGACUCAUAGCAAAUACACCACGAAGAAAGCGGUAUGCUAAUAUCGAAACACCUAAUGGUUGCCACGUGCGAGCCAACGAUGAAGCCCCUCCGUCACCGACACUUGCGGUCAAGCAUGCACCACCAGCAGUUACGCACAAUGCACCAUUCCUAGAGAUCCCAGCCGAGCUGGAUGAUUCGUCCAUGACAGCAAACACCUCCUUCAUGUCGGAAACGACGGAGACCAGCGCCCCUUCUGAAGCCACUGCAGCUACAUCGCUAUGGGCAACCCAGGCAUCUAAUCUGCUGCAAUCAAGCUGGGAGCCAUCACAGAUUGGACGUCUUGAUAGCGAAAUCCAUCGAUCCUUUGGCCUUUACGUAGCAAGCGAUGUGGCGGAGCCUGCAAUCGAGUCAGCUUCUGUACCGUCUCUGCCGAAGCUCCCCACAGAGCAUCACCGCGUUGCACGUAUAUUUGCGGACGGCCUUACUGCCACGGACAUCCCACCAAGCCUACACACUGAGCCUAUGUGUGUCAAAGCGGAAGCUUACCGUGUAAUGUACGCAUGUGGCCUUUCUGCAGAGCAGCUUGAGUUUGAGUUGAAAGGCAAGGCCUGUAUAAAUGCUCUGCACAGUCUAGCAAGACGGUACAACAGACGCUUCAAGGCCGGAAAGGAAACGCAUUAUCUGCAGCAUACCUUAGCUGGUCGAUUAGUGUGGACCAGAGGUCAAGAAGGUCGCCUCUUCGACUUAGAACUAUAUCCUGCGCGCCCGGAGAAGUCACACCCGCUACAACGUAAGUUCGGAGGCCACCGCAUUCUGGUGGUCGACUUUCCCGACUUGGACAAGCUACCCAAGUACAUCAUAGGUCAGAAAGGCAAUAUCACUGCACGUAUCCUGGAGAUGCUAAAGAGUGAUCAUAUGCUGCUCGGCCAGAAAUGGACUGCAUUCUUGAACAAGAAGAGAAAAGUUACUAGUGUGGACCCCAGCUACGACGACUCCAAGAGUUUCCAGAUCAGCUUCUUCGCUGUCGAGGGAGCUGGUCUUGACAGUAUAAACGUAGUCGAGGCAGCUGGUUGGGCCGUGCCUCUUCGUAACAAUGCUGAACAGUAUGCAGCCAAAGCGUACUCACGCCUCGAUCUUCCGGUGUCGCGUACAGAUGCUACCAUUGUAUUCGCGCCCGAUGCGAUCGAGCACAUCGCAGAUAUUAUGUCUGAUGACGUCCCGGAUGCUUCAGACUUUAACGAUGCAAGUCUCCCGUUUCUGAGAUCUGAUCAGGUACCUGUCGCGAUGACCGACGGGUGCGGUUAUAUCACGUAUGCAGCUGCACGACGAGUCCAGAGUAUACUGAAUCUGACUUGGCUCCCGUCGGCCUUCCAAGUGCGGAUCGCAGGUGCCAAAGGUCUUCUCGUUGUCCGACAAGACAUUACGCAAGGCGACAUGGCACAGGAGCGUAUCGGCCUGACGCAGACUCAACGUAAGCUUCAAUAUUCUGAUUCCGACCUUGACGACCCAGCUAGGAGAACGCUUGACGUUGUCGAUUACAGCAAAUCUGUCCGCUCCUCCCACAUCCCGCCUGGGUUCUUGCCUGUGCUUCGGGACCGUGGUGUUCCUAAAGAAGCGAUACUUGACGUAGUAGGAGAGCAAGUAAAGCUGGAGACUUCCGGAUUUUUGCAGGCGCUUAAGAGCCGCUCCACACUGCAUCGCUGGGUCUUAUGCCAGAGAAACGUUGUCGGAUUCCGAGCGGCAGCUGGUGGCAUUGUACUAACCGCUGGCUUCCCAGCUAAUACUAUAGAGCGUAUCUUGUUCCUACUCGAAAGCUGGUUUGAGCCGGCGCAGUGUCCCUACCUAAGGAAGCAGGUGCUUGAUUUCGCCGGCCAUGUCUUCGAUGUGAAGGCAAAAGCAUGGAAGUUACACCUUGGCUCUUGUACUUCGGUGAUGAUGAUCCCGGAUUGGACGCAAACACUUAAGCCCGGUGAAGCGUAUCUCAGCUUCUCAAAGCCGAUCAAGGAUGGAACAAGUGGCCGGGUAUGGUCAAGCCUGGCUGGUAUGGAUAUUCUCGUUGCCCGCAAUCCCUGCAUAAGGAAUUCCGAUAUGCAAAAACUACGUGCAGUUUCAUGCGCGGCGCUGGCGGGCAUCUUUGAUGUGAUUGUGUUCUCCACGCAAGGGCCACGCUCGUUAGCGAGCAAACUAUCCGGAGGCGAUUACGAUGGCGAUAUUGCUUGGGUGUGUUGGGAUCCCAGGCUUGUGUUGCCCUUCAAGAAUGCGCCUGCGCCUUGGAAGCUUACAGAUAUCAAGAAUUUCGGCAUUGUGAAGGACAACACCAAGCUUGGAGAAGUUUUGGCAAUCAUAUCUUCGAACGGCGAAGUCGACGCCUCCCUAACCCUGGACGAGAAUGCGGUACGCAGGUGGCUACACCGCGGCAUUGCCUCCCGCAUGAACAGCUCGCUGCUGGGUACUGUCACUAACCUGCAUGCGAAAUUGACGUAUGGAGGAGACAUCAGUUCUGAAGGGGCGACAUUACUUGCGGACUUGCAUGAUCAUCUCGUUGAUGCAGAUAAGCAGGGCUACUCGUACACUUCAGAGGCGUUCGAAGCAUGGCGCGGGCGCUAUGUUGAUAUCAUCCCGCGUAGCCUACCUGGCGUCGCUCAUUGGAGGUUCACGACCAAAACCCACGACGAACCUAGCAAGGCAAAGCCAAAUUUCUCCGACAUCGUCGACUACGUCUACUUCGGGGUGUUGAAGCCGGAGCUCCACACAGCGAUGCAUACCGCGGCGAAAGACCUAGGGAGCGGCUUGCCCUGCCCUCUGGACACUGAUCUUUGUGCGCUGUACGCAGAUGUUGCGUUGUGUGAAGAUAAAGUCAUUCGUGGAGAGUUGGAAGCGCUCCAGAGUAGCAUAAAACUGCUCUAUGAACGAUGGCAAUUGCGUGCGGCUCGACAACGCAACAAAGAUACCCCUGACUGGGCAGACUGGGAGGAUUUCGUGAGCGAGCUACGCUCCGCAUUCAUCGCGCUGCAGCCCUGUAAUCCCACACACCCAGCAGUUCGCGAGUGGCUUCGCCCGCAAGGCGAAAGCCUUACAAUGUGGCUAGCUUUGAAAGCGUCUUCGAUCGCCAGACUGUACUGGGAGAAGGGCAAUGCUGGAUCCUUUGUAUUCAGCAUUGCUGCCCGCGAACUAUGCGAGCUCAAGGCACGAGCGUGCGGUGGCUUAGAUGGCAGCCGUACGAUUAUGAACGAGAUCUACCUGUCCAUGAAGCCAAGCAAGCACGUGGUAAUUGCCACAGCUGCAGAAGAGAUGGGUUUCGAAGCUACGCUCGAAGCGGACUAUGACGGAGACGACGGCUUCGAUGCUCACUCGAGCCUGUUCGACGGUAUCUGGGACACGGAUGGCAUUGUAACACCGGCCGAAGCAACCAAUACUGUGCCCUUCCAUGAAUUCGAGCAACCAACGGGUGACACAGCUGUGCCCGAUGCUGAUAGAGACGGAGACACUAUUGGAAUGCAGACGAGAAGGAGGCAAGGACAGACUUCACCCGCAACUCCGCGACAGCAGGUCGCUUCGCCCACCAAGCCAUUGCUACGCGCACCCAAGAGACCUAUGAAACCCGAGUCUUUAGCGGACGCAGGUGCCAACUUGAUAGGUGGAAUACGAGAACCCGACGUGGAUUUCGACAGAGCUUUACCAUCUACGCCAACGGGCUGGAUGUUCGAACACGAUGGGAGAGCCAAGCGCUCUCGAGGGGACGAGAAGCCUGCGUGGCUGCAGCAGAGUAAGUAAAGUGGUAAUAGCUCAGACAUGAAGCACGCCUACAUGCCCUUAGGCCUGAGCGGCGAGUUUAAUGAUAUCAGGCCAUAGUGACGUAUCAUGAUUUCACAGGUCGCACACGCAGCAAGCUCCAACCGGCCAAAAACUUGUUCCGAGCUUCGCCACCCUCUCUACAGGAGUGGCACACAGCGCCCUCGUGGUGUGGGCGGCGGACGUGUGUAAUUGUCGACGUAGGUUCGAAUUCUCUCCAGCGCAUUGUCCUACGCUUACUGUCUUAUCGCUUC